AUGGCUGGCGUCGAUCUGGGCCAACUGCCAACCUCUCUAGAGGAGGUCGUUCAUCUUAUAGUCCAGCUGUAUCAGCCGGGAGCACCAGAAGUGAUUGCCAAAACCCAAGAAACGCUGCAAAAGCUGCAGCGGUCUCCCGAUGGAUGGCGUAUAGCUUAUAGCCUGGCCAACCACGAGGACCAGCAAGUGAGGUUCUUCGCAGCCCUGACCUUCAUUGUCAAACUCAACACAGAUGCGAAAUCUCUGGGAGAGGAGGAUGAAAAAGUUUUACUCCAUACUCUCAUCAGUUGGAUGAUCCGAUGUGUCCAGAAUUCAGAGGGCCCACUUGUCAUGAGGAAGCUCUGCAGCACCUUGGUAGCAUAUUUCUUCCAAUUCUCAGCGUCUUGGAUAAAAUGCGUCAAGCACCUUAUGUACUGCCUCUGUAUCAAGGAGGCGAUUCCAUAUGAAGCUCUACCCGACACCCUCGAUACUCAAGCCCUCGUGAGUGAUAUUCCUAACGCGACAGCAAUGGCCAUCUUCUGGUUUGCUUCCUCUCUCGUGGAAGAAGUUGGAAAGACAGACUCCAACUCUAUGAAGCAGCAUAAGUUCCACCAGAGUGUGCUACCUAAUGUCGACGAUAUUGUUCCGUUGAUAUCCAAGUAUAUCUCUAACACCGCCCCUGUCACCGCUGAUAUCAAAGUCCGCCAAGAGGCCCUGACGUGUUUUCAAGCAUGGGUCUCUUAUUCACAUCGCGCCUUCAUCGAUGAUGCAAUCAUGCUUGAGCCCCUUCGGAUACUGACCAAACCGGCAAUUAUGUGUCUUGCCGAUGACAAUCUAUAUGAAAUCGCAAUGGAGAUGUUCGCCGAUGUGCUCUCAAAUUACUCCAAAUUCUUCUCCGAAGACGAUUUUCAACUUUUAUAUUCCCUCUUCAACAGUCCAUGGACAGAAGGGCGCUACCAGCGACUGGUUGGAGGCGACUUCGACUUCGAUUCUCUCCAAUUCGGCCAUUUUCUCCUUGCCUUUGGUGACGCUACACUUCAGGAACUGGCCACAAACACAGAGCCACGGUUUCAACAAGUUCUCGUUGUACUUGGCGGACUCCUUGCAGCGGAAGGGUAUCCCAUCCACGAGGAUAAGAUAUUCGUGCCAGCGCUAGAGUUUUGGAAUUCUUUCGUCGAGAACAUGAUCGACGAUGUUUUUUCAGUCGGUGGAAACCACCCACACUGGUUUGAACCAGCUAAGAUGCAUGUCAUUCAAGCGAUUGAAUCGUGUAUGCGGAAGCUCCAGUUUCCCUCGCCACAAGUUUUCAGUUCCUGGGAUUCAGUAGAUCGCACAGGGUUCAAAGAUGCCAGAAGAGAUUUUGGGGAUCUCCUGCAGCAGUUUUACCUCGUUACUGGUAUUACAAUCCUUGAUACAUUUAUCGAUAGGGCUCAUGACGCAAUCCGUUCCAGGGACUGGGCAGACCUUGAAGUCUCGCUAUUCUGCAUCGGGGUAUUUCCCGAUAAUAUAGCUGACGAGGAGUCUCGAGAUAAAUUUCUGAGCAAAAUCUUCACAGGCCCCGUCAUCUCUCUGUUUGUAGACCCCAAUCAGGAGAUCCCUGCGCGGACUGUGCAAUCUUUCCUGAGUCUUAUUCAUGGAUAUGCGGACUACUUCCAACAGAACACAGAGUUUCUACCCAACGUACUGAACAUCGUUUUUGGAGCUAUGGCAAAUCCUGCCCUGAGACCUAAAGCAUCAUACACCGUUCUACGGUUAUGUUCAGAUUGCAGGAACCUUCUCCUUCCCGAGCUAGGUGCCUUCCUGCAACAGUACCAAAGCCUUACUCUCAAUGCUUCCCUUGAUAAGGAUGACAAAGAACAAAUCAUGCAAGGCAUAUGUUCCCUUAUCCAAGCCAUCCCAGAAGAACAAGAUAAAGUUGCGCCACUAGAACAACUUCUCAACUUCGUCGAUCGAGAUAUCGAAGAUUCCUUCCGCAUACUAUCUUCGCAACCAUCGUUGGAGGUGGCUCUAAAGGAUAUGAAGGAUGACAAGACAUCAUCGAGUCCAACAUCAACAGCCUUGGAGCUAGGGCAUGGAGCACUAAGGUGUCUCGCAGGAAUUGGCCACGCGCUUCAAGCCCCAAAUGAUCAGCCCGUAGACCUCGAAGAAAAGGAGACUGGGUCGGACUUUUGGAUUGCCGGAGGCGGUGCUCCAGUCCAGCGACGUAUAUUUUCUAUGGUUACCAGAGUAUACGAUACUCUUGGGAGCCAUGGAGAUAUUGUGGACGCGGCUUGUUAUGUAUGGCGCCAAGGGUUCAGAGAGCUAGAGCCAGGACCAUUUGUUAUGGCUCCAAGUAUGAUCGCCGAGUUCCUUCUCAAAGCUGGUCCUCAAACGCCCCGACUUGGCUGUGUGAUUGGCACUGCCUGUUCAUUUGUGACAUCCCACAAGUCAGGUGAUGGAAUUAAUCAGAUCAUUGAUGCAUUGUUGAACUGGAUAUCUCGACUACUUCAGGCGCAAGAAAAACCAAGCAACGACCCUGAGGUUGCCCAGAACGGAAUUGACUUCCUUACCCGUCUAUUACCCAAAUAUCUGGAUGCACUCAUGAACCAUGAUUCUCCAUCAUUGGAAUACCUCCUCAUGUUCACCCUGAACGCCCUUACAGGAAGCGACCCACUUCCCAAAAUCGCGGCGGCUGAUUUCUGGUCUACAUUCAUCAACCUCCCAAGCCAACCUGAUCAACUUCAGGCGCCAAUUGAGAAUGUUAUCAAACUUGUCGGUCCCCUACUCGCACGAGCGCUCAUCUAUAACAUCGGCGGCCAUGCUGCACGCAGCGAGCUAGAUAAGCUUUCAGAGCCCUUGAAGAAACUUGUCGUCCGGCAAAUUGACUCGAAGAGAUGGUUCGAAGCGGCACUUCUAGGGGAAGAUUUUCCUAGUGAUAAAGUGUCUACUCAAGAUAGAACUAUCUUUCUCGAGAAAAUAACGAAUAUUAGGGAAAGAGAUAACCCACAAAUUAGGGGUUCGUUGUCGAGGACAGAGGGUUUGUCAGAGAGUUGA